AGCUAACGUUUUCCAUGAUUUUGCUUUUUUUAUAAUAAUGUCUUCAACAUGAGGAUCGUACUAGUAGUUUUGUUGAUAUUCGGUAUUGUCACUGCUCAAAGAGAGAUCACUAUACCAAGUCUUGGUAAGGUAGAGGGGAAAAUAGUCAACUUCCAGGAAGACAAUUUCAUUGGUGUUUCAACAGAGAUUGAUGCAUUUCUGGGAAUCCCCUAUGCCGAAAACCCACCAAUCCGCUUCUCUCAGGCCACGCCCAAGUCGCCAUGGAGUGAUAUAUGGAACGCUACUUACUUCAGAUCCCCUUGUGCUCAGCUCAGCAAUGAAGUAGAUACAUGGGAUGAAGACUGUCUUUAUCUGAACGUAUUUGUGAAAUAUCCAAGACCUACAAAUGCAGCUGUGAUGGUAUGGAUUCAUGGAGGAGGUUUUUCUAUCGGGACAGGGUCUUCAUAUGGUCGAUAUGGUGUGCCUCUCGUCGCUGUUGGGAAAGAUGUGAUCAUAGUCACACUGAACUAUAGACUCAUGGUAUGGAGUGUCUUCAACACAGGGGACGAUGUUGCUACUGGUAACUAUGGCCUUCUGGAUCAACAACUAGCUCUACAGUGGAUUCAAGAUAAUAUCGGAGCAUUUGGAGGGGAUCCAAGCAAAGUGACGUUGUUUGGGGAAAGUGCUGGAGCAGCUAGUGUUGAUUUUCAUCUCCUGUCAGAAGGAAGCAAAGAACUUUUCAGCCAGGCUAUAAUGCAGAGUGGAACAUCCCUAUCACCAUGGGCAUUUCGUCAUAACCCGGAAGCAGAUCGACAGGAAGCUAAUGCGCUUGGAGCUAAAGUUGGAUGUGAUAUUAAAGACUCCACUCAACUAGUAGAUUGUUUGCGGAUGGUUGAUGCCUUUACUCUAAUGAAUGCUUUUUGGCAGGUAUACCCUCGUAGCUACAUACGUUUAGAUGGCAUAUUUCUGAAUGAUACCCCUGCAAAUAUGUACGCAUCUGGUUCCUUCAAGAAAGCAACAAUCCUUGCCGGAUACAACAAGGACGAAGGUUACAUUGCAGUAAAAGAUAUGUUUAGUGAAUACCAGGAUGAUGAGGUCCCAGCGAUGUCUAAGUCAAUGUACACGGCAGAACUUCCUAAAGUUAUGUAUGGUAACACUGAUGAUAUAUUGAUGAGGUCCAUUGACCAGCAGUAUAUCGACUGGACACAGGCCGAUAAUGUGAGUGCGGAAUAUCUUCCUGCAUUCACCGGUGCUGUUGGCGAUCAGAGAUUUUCUUGCCCAACUGAUCACGUGAUACGCGCUCACGUCCAAUCGGGGGACACAGUAUUCAAUUAUUUCAUGACGCAUGCACCCAGCACGUCAUAUUUUCAGUCUGGUCUCAAUGGAUCGGGACCAGGUUGGCUUGGGGCGACACACACAGAAGAUAUCCAGUUUGUAUUUGGAUGGCCAUUCAUUCCAGAAUGGAUGGCUGAUCGUCGACCUCUUCAUGAUGAUGAAAUUGAUCUGUCCGUGAAAGUCAUGACCAUGUGGACCAAUUUCGCUAAAUAUUCACAUCCAGGCAAGACGAACAAUAGUGUUGAACCCGAAAAAGAAGGUGACUUCUAUUGGCCUAUAUAUACGUUACCUGAGCUUACAUAUAAAGAGCUCUCUUUAGGAUUGACAAAUGAUCGAGCUAUCAGGGCAGAUGAGUGCGCCUUUUGGAAUUCUUACGUUCCAGAUCUCGUUCAGCUUAUAGAGAAUGUUCCGAGUGGUGAAGAAGAGUGGCGGGAGGAUUUUGAGAAAUGGCAGGACGAUAUGGAAGAAUGGAGAAAUGUUUUUGAUGAAUAUCAACAAACAGUACAAUGUUGAAUUUAAUGAGAACUUUUUAAUGACUACCGAAACCUCAUAGUUUUGAAGUGUUCAUUUUCACCAAUUUAUUAUUGCUAUUUAUUCUCUUAAUGGAAUGAUACUGAUCAGAUUAUGCUAAUUGUUGUUGUACUAUAACUUUCGUGAGAAUAAUUCCAUAACAUAUCGUUUUAAUCCAUGUUGCAUUUUAUUGUAAAUAUCCAUAGAAAAGUGUAGGUUUCGUGGAAACUGAUUUGUAAUAGGAAAUGUAAUCAUUAACCUAAUUGCAAAGAAAUAUACAAUAUACAGACCAUUAUCACAUUGUACUCUUAGCAGUUGUCGCGUACAUCUUUUACUUGCAAUUUGUGAAUAGUUUCAUUGUGAUGAGCCUACUCUCAUCCAUUCUGACCUUGCAAAAUGCUAUUUGUAAUCACCCUAAUGGGGCUAUUUAAUUUUGAUACAAUGAUAUUGCAAGCUUGUUCAUACUAAACACUCUUGUUAGAGGACAAGUCCACCCCAACAAAAAGUUGAUUUGAAUAAAAAGAGAAAAAUUCAACAAGCAUAACACUGAAAAUUUCAUCGAAAUCGGAUGUAAAAUAAGAAAGUUAUGGCAUUUUAAAGUUUCGCUUAAUUUCACAAAACAGUUAUAUGCACAUCUUGGCUGGUAUGCAAAUGAGGAGAUUAUGACGUCAUCCACUCCCUAUUUCUUUUGUAUUUUAUUCUAUUAAAUAUGAAAUAUUCUAAUUUUCUCCUCAUUAUCAAGUGAUACAACGGUUAAUUCCUCCCUGAACAUGUGGAAUUACCAUUGUUUAAUACUAUAUGGUUCAGUCAAGUUGGUCCUUAUUGUCAAAUCUAAAAAAAACGAAAUAUUGUAUAAUUCAAACAAUAAAAAGUCAAAAGAAAUAGUGAGUGAUGGACAUCAUCGACUGACUCACCUAGUUGUGCACAUCACUGUUUUGUGAAAAAUAAGCGAAACUUUAAAUUGACAUAACUUUCUUAUUUUACAUCCGAUUUUGAUGAAAUUUUCAGCACUGUGCUAGUUUGAUUUUUCUCUAUUUAUUCAAGUCAGCAUUUUCCUGGGGUGGACUUGACCUUUAAGCGUAAAUUUACCUUCAUUAUGAGUUUCUAUAGUUUUCACGGUCAGUGCCUAGUUAAAGAUCCUAAUCAUUAUAAUUAUAUUGGCAUAUUGGCAAUGAACCAUAUUACUCGUUGUAAAUGCAGUUAUAAUAGAUGAGGUUUGGCAUUAUCACUCAACUGCCUAUCAGCCAUAGUAUAAUUAAUCUUUUAAUGUUGCCAUGAAAAUAGAGGCAAACAGCAGGGACAUCUUUUUACAACAGAAAUUAGCUUAAUUUUAAAUCAUUACAUGCAUGAUGAACUUUGAGUGUUUCAGAUGAGAGAAAAUGAUUAAUCAAGUUUUAAAUUAAAAAUACUUUCUCGAAAGACGCUUGAGAUACCUUCCACCCGAUUCUUUCUUUGGUUCAUGGCAAUAAAUGCUAGAUAUCCACUGCAUGCUGAACUGAUAAACUCGAUCAAACCCACUAUAAAGGUACACACCUUGGUUCCCUUCUUUGAUAUACAGAACAGAUAAAAAGGAAUUUAAAAAAAAAAAAAAAAAUCGAAAUAUUCGAGAAGGUUACCAUGGAAACCAGAGUGACGUCGAUCAAGCUAUAACAACGUUUAUCAUAAUAGAUAUAUAUUGAAUAUUUUGUCGAGCUAUAGACCGACGAGGUCCGGAAAUAUAUUGAAUCAGACUUGAUCGAAUAAAUUAUUUUGGCAAUUGGAAUCUGGCAUUUUGAUUAAGAUUAAUUGGUUUAUUUCAUUCCUUUUCGAGUUUCAACAAA